AAAAGUGGACCUAGCACUUGGGGGGCAGGGGAGAGCCGGAACAUUCCAUCGAGCGGCCAGAUGCACACUUGGCCAGAGAAAGACCAGAGGGCGGUGGCCUGCUGUGUUCAGCGGAAGGGCGCUGGACCGCAGGGGAGCACUGGGCUGAGGGAGACUUGCACAGCAGGAAGGGCCUCCUCUGACAGCUCCGUGUGGAGGGCGGAGCAGUGCCAAGGGAGGAAGGACCUGGCCGGCCUGGGCAGCCUGAGGUUCCAGGUCUCCUUGGGUAUGCCCUGGUUCUGUGACCUUGGCCAAGCGCCUUUCUCUUCCGAGCCUGUUUCUUCAGUCUGCUGAGUCGUUAAAACCUGCCUCUUUGGCACUCACGGAGUUCCUGGGCCUCGCGUUUGGCAAUGCACCACGCCUGUUUUUCAGACACAUCUGCUUGUGCAAUGCUGAUGUCUAGCAGCGAAAGCGGAAACACCCACAGGGCGAGCCCUUGGCUGGCUCUGGGAGCCACCCACUUGCGAGAGGUGCCCGGGACCGUCGUGCGGGGCUCCCUCCGGGGCCGCUCCAUCCACUGUGCUUGGGGGAGCUAGGGGAGGGCAGGACGGCCCAGGGCCAGCCAUGGCGGAGCCCGAGGCUGGGGACCUGGAGACUCUCAUCGACCAACUGGACUACCUGCCCGGCCACUUCCACCUGGAGAUGCAGCUCAACUUCGAGCCGCGCUCCCCGGCUCAGCUGCGCGCCCGGGACCUGAAGCUCCAGCUGGAGGGUCUGCGGCAGGAGCUGGGACUAGUGGCCACCCCGCAGCUGCCUGCUGUGCGUCACCUCCUGGGAACCUUUUCCUUCUACCUGGAGAAGCUGGAUGAGGCCCGCGAGCGUUUCCUGGAGGUGGCCCGCGAGGACCCCGGCAACCUCAACGCCUGGGCCAAUCUGGUACAGGUCUACGGGCAGCUGGGCCAGGAGGACGAGGAGGAGGCGUGCGCCGCGCGGCUGGCGAGCCUCAUGGGCCUGGCAGGUGACCCCGAGGAUUCUGGGGACCUCCGUCUCCGCGCCGCCCGCUGCCUGGCGGAGCAGGGAUACGCACAUGGCUUCGACGUGGGCUGUGCCAGCCCGGAGGAGCACUCUCAGGUGCUGGAGGCGGGCAUCGCACUCUACGACAAAGCGCUGAGCUACGGGCAGCAGAUCCCAGCAGAGGAGAAAAGGAGCUGGUACUUCACCAUGGCAACGCUCUUCCUGAGGCUGGACGGCAUUUUCCUGGAGAUGGGCAGUGAGGAACAGAGGAGACUGCCAGCCUUCAACCGUACCCUGGCCUUGCUCCGGGAAGUCCUCAAGUCCUCAGAUUCCAGACACCAAGCUCUGGGCUGGUGCUACGUUGGCAUGCUGCUGGAGAGGAAGGAUACCUUCUCUACCACCCCCAUGGGCGUCCACGAAUGCGGGUACUCAGGGACAGAUCCCCUGGACUGCUUUGGCAAGGCCAUUGAGAUCGCCAAGAACCAGCCUCCCAUCCUGAAUCGCCUGGCUAAAAUCUUCCACUUCCUAGGAAAGCAGGAUAUGGCCAUUGGAACCUGCAACAUGGCCCUGGAUGUACUUAGAGAUCCACAGCUCAACUGGCAGGCAUACUGCACCAGAGCCAAGGUCCGAAUCAGAGCCUACGUCCAUGACCUGGAACGUGCCAAGGUGGGACUCGGGGGUAUGCCUGACAGGAACUACCUGGCCUGUGCCAAAGCUGACCUUGAGAAAGUGGUCAAGGUGUGCCCAGGCCUCAGGACCUACCUAGACAUCGGUCAGCUCCCGCCACCCCCUCAGGUUUACUACUACAUGGGCGUGGAUGCCAUGAGGGAGCUGCUGGCAGUGGAUGAGGCGGCGCUCAACCAGGCUCUGGUCUUCCUGGCAAAGGCUGGCGAGUUGGAGCUGGGCGACACGCUACCUGAGCUGCAGCUGCUGCGCGGCAAAUGCCUGCGUGUCCAGGGUGAGGACGCCAACGCCGCAGCCUGCUUCAAGCGUGCGGUGGAGCUGGACGACACGGGAUCCAGCCAUGCCGAGGGCUUCGGCUGCCUGCUAGAGGCCCUGCUGGCCCAGUGGAGCCAGGCGCAGCUAAGCGAUGGCCAAGUGGGCUGUGAGGUGGACAUCUGGCUGCGCCACGCCCAGAACAAGUACCCAGCGGCACGCUUGCGCCAGGAGCUGCAGCGCGUGUGGCGUGGCCACACCGAUGAGGUCCUAGGCCUGGCCCGGGCCUUGGUAGCCCAAGGACGGCCAGCAUUGGUGCGGCUGCUCUUUGAGACCAUGGAGCACGAGGGUGAGGACGCUGGAGGGCUGUGCAAAAGUCAAGCAUCCUCCUCCUGAGGCAGGCGAUGAUAACCUGGGAAGUUGCCACCCUGAAGAGGCCCCGCCCUAAAGAGGCCUGCCCCCGGAUAAUUGGAUCUAGACAGGCCAGCUGGCAGGGUGAGCGGAGCCAGAAUGAUUUCUGAGCAGGCCCUGUAGUUUCAGAGAAAGCUUGCAGAGCAGGCAGGAGGCCCUGGGAUCAUUUCCCACACCAUGGGGCCAAAAAUCAAAGCAGAGCCGUCACCACCACCACCACCGAACCCCACUCCCGGAAAUUGUGAAUGGGUACUUGCAGGAAAGUCUGUAGCGCAAAGGAGUCUGGGAGCAGGCAUGGGAGGCCACUGGGAAACUGCCGCUGGAGGGAAAGAGUUUGACAAACAUGCAGAAAAACGUGCUCAAAUCUCCUGACCGAAAAGAUAGCUGUCACAGACGUGACUUUUUAUUCCCCCCGAUGCCUGAGUGACUGUCCUUGGGUCCCCAAGGGCCACACUGAAAGUUUAGCUAAGUGGAUCUCAUAUCCUGCAGCCAGAAAAGCAUGGCUACAACAGGCCAAGGUGGCACUAUCCCUGGGUGCGGGCAGGGUCCUGACUUAAACCCUGGCGCUCAGAGCUGGUUCCCACCUCUCCAUCAGCUUCCAGCAGGCCUCUGCUUUCCUGCGCCUUCUUGGAAAGCUUCCCAAAGUCCUUGAAAUAAAACU